AACGGCUCAGUUUUCAGCGGAAUCUCGCGAGGACCGGUCCUGUUCCGUAGCUCGGAAUCAAACGUUCGAAAGUUAUAAUAAGUUGAAAAUAAGUUCCCUAUUCAAUCAGUGGAAAUGUUUCGGCUAACACGACAAAGUGUGGUUAAAUUUAAGCAACAUGUGGCGGCUCAAGCACCGUGUCUACAACGGGCAAGUGAUAUUUUGUCCCAACGGUGCCUCUCAACUGGAACCUCGCUACCGGAGAGUGCCGAUGUGGUGAUCAUUGGAGGAGGAUCAGCUGGCUGUAACACACUGUAUCAACUGACGAAGCGAGGUAUUCGAGCAGUUUUGCUGGAAAAGGCUAAACUAACUGCCGGAACCACGUGGCACACUGCUGGCCUUGUGUGGCGAUUGCGGCCCAACGAUGUCGAAAUACAGCUGCUGGCGAGUACCCGAAAUCUUUUGAUGCGUUUGGAGGAAGAGUGUGGCCAUAAUUCGGGAUGGAUCAACAACGGAGGACUGUUUAUAUCGCACUCCGAUGAGCGACUGGAUGAAUACAAACGGCUAGCCACACUUGGAAAGUGCUUCGGAAUCGAAAGCCAGGUGCUGACCCCCGAUGAGGCGCAAAAAGUUUUUCCGUUGUUGGAUCCAUCAGCUUUCACCGGAGCUUUGUACUCUCCGGGAGAUGGAGUUGUUGAUCCAGCUAUGAUGUGUACAGCCUUGACCAGGGCAGCCACUGCAAACGGAGGGUUGAUUGUAGAAGAUUGCAGCGCAAGUAAAAUUGUUACAGGAGAAAACAUCCUGGGUAUGAAAGACGUAAGAGGUGUGGUUACUAACAAGGGAACAAUCCGCACCAACACCAUCGUCAAUGCCACCGGAGUUUGGGGACGAGAUUUGAUCGAACCUCUUGGAAUCCAUCUACCGCUGAUUCCGAUGAAGCAUGCUUAUGUAGUUUCGGAAACCAUCGAUGGCUGUCACCAAAUGCUCCCCAAUAUCCGUGACCACGAUUAUUCGAUCUAUUUCCGCAUCCAAGGGAAAUCAAUCUGCAUGGGAGGAUACGAAAAUAACCCGGUCCUGCUGAAUAAGGUCCCCGAAGACUUCCACUUUGGUCUGUACGACCUAGAUUAUUCAGUUUUCGAUACACACAUUCAGGGGGCUGUUAAAUUGUGCCCCACCUUCGGAUCUGCAGGCAUCAAAAGCACAAUUUGUGGUCCAGAGUCGUUCACGCCUGAUCACAAACCUCUGAUGGGUCCCGAUCCGAUCAUCAAUGGACUGUUCCACAACUGUGGUUUCAAUUCUGCCGGUAUGAUGUUGGGUGGAGGAUGUGCAGAGCAACUGGCCAGCUGGAUCAUUCACGACAGGCCGGAUUUACAUAUGUUUGCGUAUGACGUGAGGCGUUUUACGCCUAAACAGAAAAAGGCACUGAACUGGGCUACCGAGCGGAGUCACGAGGCCUAUGCCAAGAACUACAGUAUUGUCUUCCCACAUGACGAAGCUCUGGCCGGCAGGAAUUUCACCGUCGAUCCUUUUCAUAAGCAAAUGAUACAAUACGGCGCCAUCAUGGAGGAACGGCAGGGCUGGGAACGACCGGGAUACUUCUUGCCAGAGGACACUGUUGUAGUACAACCCUACGAUUGGUACGGAAAUUACGAUCAUCCCCGAAACAUCAACACCAACUACGAGGAGGCUCUGAAAAAAGAUUACACUUUCGGAUUCCCGGAACACCAUGAUCUGAUAGGAGAAGAAGCCAUUUCUUGUCGUCAUAACGCAGCAUUGUUCAAUCUCAGCUAUUUUUGUAAACUGUUUUUGACCGGAAGUCAGGCGAAGGAAGCGGCCGAAUGGAUUUUCACCGCUGAUUUGAAUAAACCCGUUAACAAAACAAUUUACACCUGCGCUCUUAACAAGCGAGGAGGCGUCGAAGCCGAUGUAACCGUUAGCCUGGUGGAAUCGGGACAAGGCGAACUACAUGAUCCCAUUUUUAAGGGUCGUGGAUACUACAUCGUGGCCGGAGGAGCAUCCGCCUAUCAAACCAAAUCACACAUUUGGUCAGCGAUCCAGGAAAAAGCUUUCCGGGCCGUGGUGUCGGAUCAUACCGAAGAACUGGGGGUGCUUUCCCUGCAAGGGCCCAAGAGCAGAGAAAUUCUACAGAAAAUCACCGAUUUCGAUCUCAGCGACGAGGAGAAAUUGCCCCCGAACUCGAACGCCGUAGUUCGAAUCAAGAUCAAUCCCUACUAUUCGUGUAACGUGCGAAUCCUGAGGGUCAGCUUCGUCGGCGAACUUGGCUACGAGAUGCACAUUCCGGAGGAAAGUUGUAACGACGUGUACAACGCGCUGAUGAAAGCGGGAUACAAAGAUGGACUGCGGAAUGCCGGAUAUCGGGCACUGUAUUCGUUGAGCAGCGAAAAGGGUUAUCAUCUGUGGAACAACGAUCUACGUUCGGAUGAUACUCCGGUGGAAGCCGGGCUAGGAUUCACCUGCCGCAAAAAGGGCGAUUACCAGGGCCGAACGGUUGUGGACAGGCAGCUGGAGAAUGGAGUCACCAAGAAGUUGGCCUUUUUCACGUUGAAUGAACAGGUAGGGGUAUUGAGAGAUUCAAAAUUGUAUCAAUUUCGAUAGAUCCGUUUGUACAACUUUGA